UAUCGAAAGGCAGACGCGCAACGUGCAAUUCUUGCGCAUGUUGCCACAUCGUCAGUCAGAACCCAGACAUCGUACUGUACGCGUGUUUUUGUUUUAAGCGAUCUCGUUUGUGUUUAUCAGUUUUCUGUGCUAACAUGGCUUCGUGUAGCAAACAACAGGAGAAUAACUAUUCGGAAAUGGAUAGGGAAGAUUCUUUGGAAAGAGUGAAAAAAAUCACCAGAAUGGAGCUCUAUACCAUUAUCAAAGAUUUCAAAGGAAAUAAGAUUGAAGAAAAAUUUUCAUUGUUGGAAGAAAGAGUUGCGCAACUAACUUUAUGCCCAUCCGAAAGAAGAAGUGUUCUUACCCGUUCUUUGAAAUAUUUCAAGACAAGUUUCAAAAAAAGAUGGUCGGCAGCCCGUAAUACUGAUAGAAGAUUCUUAGAAAACAAUAUGGAAUGGCUUAAUGUAUCACUGGAACUACCUACUUGGACCCACAAAGCAGGCCGCCCAACAAAAGAAUUUGGAGAAUUGUGUGAUCGAAGUAAGCGUCGAAGAACAAAAGAUUUACGGCACCGGGUACCUUUUGAUGAAUUGACUUACGCUGCAAGCGUAAGUCACGGUACUGCGGGAAAUGUUGAUGUAUCUAAGGUUAUGAAAGAAAUAACGUCAACUCCUACCAGAGCUAAAAAGUUCCGAAAAGCAAUAUCGUCAGCUAAAAAAGAACCAAUCGCGGGAAAAUACACACCACAAGAAGCCUUAGCGUUAUUUAUAGAAGGUAAUUUUACAAGAAGGCAGUGGGAAUUAAUACAGGGUGGCCGAAAAGAAAUUUAUCCUUGCUAUUCGAUAUUACAAAAAGCGAAAAAGGAGUGUUAUCCUGCCGAAGAUAGUAUACAAGUCACUGAAACUAGCUUUGAAGUGGAACUUCAAGCUCUGCUGAACCAUACGACUUUGCGACUACUUCAAUAUUUAACAGAAGUAAUUGACACAUUAUCAGAGUUUGAGAAGCAACAUCUUACCUUAAUAUCAAAAUGGGGCUGUGAUGGAUCUAAUCAGACACAAUUUAAGCAAAAAUUUGCCAACACUGACGACGAUGAUGCCAAUAUAUUUUUAAGUUCUCUUGUACCUGUGAGAAUGGUUGUUUUUGUGAAUGGAGAGACAAGAAAAAUUGUAUGGCAAAAUCCAGUGCCUUCUUCAGUGAGAUUCUGUCGUCCUAUCCGGGCUCGAUUCAUUCACGAAACAAAGGAUAUCACCAAGGAAGAAAUUAGCUAUAUUGAACAACAAGCCAGGAAUCUCAAAGAAACAACUGGUAUGGAAGAUUCCGUUAAAAUAAAUCACACCAUUUUGUUCACAAUGGUCGAUGGAAAAGUGUGCAAUGCGGCGACUGAUACAGCUUCAACAAUGAGAUGCUAUAUAUGUGGACAGACAUCUAAGGACUUCAACAAACUUGAAAGAGGCAAUGUUUGUGAAGAGUCUCUGAGAUUCGGACUCUCCAUUCUUCACGCAAGAAUUCGUUUCUUCGAGCUAUUGUUGCACUUGGCGUACAAAGCGCCCUUACAGAAGUGGCAAGCGCGAACGGCAGAAGAGAAACAUGUUUUGAAAGAAACAAAACAAAAAAUACCGAAAAGCUUCAAAGAAGAGAUGGGCCUUCUUGUUGACAUACCCAAAGUUGGUUACGGCAAUAGUAACGACGGAAAUACGUCAAGAAGAUUUUUUAACGAUCCUGAAUGCUCAUCUCGGAUUACUGGAAUCAAUCUAGAUUUGAUAAAAAGGUUCCAAAUCAUUCUUGAAGUGAUAUCAAGCGGAUAUGAUAUUGAUCCCUCAAAAUUCGAUUACUUUGCUCACACAACCGCCAAACUGUAUGUGGAACUAUAUGGUUGGCAUCCCAUGUCACCUACAGUUCACAAGAUUCUGACGCAUGGAGCUCAAGUCAUAUCAAGUCACAUUGUACCUAUCGGACAGCUAUCAGAAGAGGCUGCUGAAGCCCGAAACAAACAUUUCCGCAAAUAUCGCGUAGACUUUGCCAGAAAAUUUUCAAGAGUGGACUGCAACAGAGAUGUUUUAAAUAGGUUGUUGCUGACAUCUGAUCCCUUCAUCAGCUGCAGCAGAAUAAAUCGGAAGAAGAAAAGCAAGUCCUUUUCCCAGGAAGCUAUUAGUAUGCUUCUCACGAAAAUAGUGAAUUGUGACAGUUCCAAUGACGAAGAUGAUGAGAACCAAAUCACAUGUGAACUCGGUGAUAGUGAUUCUGAUUGAUUCGGCCUCCUUAUGAUUAUCCUCUUGAAAACAAAUACUGUUUUAAGUGUAAGGACUCUCUUAGAUUUGUACAUUUCUUUUUUUAUUAUUGUUUUUCUUUUUAAAUAAAUGCCUAAUUAUUAUGUA